AUGGCGCCAAACGGUUAUCUGUCUUCAGCUCUAGCCUUGAUCAAGAUAAAGCGUUUUGCAGACAAUUGGUUGCAAAUCAGCGAUGCAAUCGACUACGAUGAUCUUGUAGCCUUGGUAGAUGCGCUCGACUACUUGAAAAAGGACGCUCAAGAGAAAAUGACCAUCAGGAGAGCUAGCCAAGCGAACAUGCAAACCCAUUUACGGCCUGCAUGCGUGGGUGGUGCUAAUCAAGGGGUGCGACGGUCUUCUCGCCGCCUCGCAUCCGCUCCUCAAUAUGCUUCAACAGGCUCGUUGUUUGUCUCUGAAGAUGAGACGGAGUCUGAGUCCAGUAGUCAAAACGAUGGGAUACGGUCAACAAUGCUCCGCGAAGAAAACUACGAUGAAAAUGAAACGAGGAACGCUGCAGCAGAGAUUCUGAUGAAUCAUCCGACCUUGUUACCGGUCGACAACGAUAGCCAAGCGGACAAAAUUCAUCUCAAGAAGAAUUUUGGGGACACAGUAUCCCAAUUGAGGCACCCCAUAGAGCAAGAACAAUCCUCUCCUGCGCCCUAUACAGCAAGGCUGGUUAGUAACGAGCAGGAUGAGUGUACAGAUGUACAGCCAAUGCAGGACCUCAAUGAAGCCCCAAACGUCCAAGUUCAUCAGGAAACCAGUGAUACUGCUCUAUACCAAUCAUUGGAGGAUCCAGAAGAUGUUGAAAAUCAGCAGUUUCCCGAGCUUUCCCAUUCUAGUUUGGUCCAUCAGCCACAACUAGGCUUAAUGGAUCAGGAUAUCUCAGAUUCACUUUUCGGUGGCGAGGAGUUUGGAGUCGGUAUUUUCAAUAAUCUACCUUCGCCUCAGUAUUUCAAUGAAACAUUUGAAGACUUGUAUUCUACCUCUGUACAUGACGAGGUGCAGAGAGACGUCGAAGAGACCACCACAUACCCUGACGAACAACAUCCGACCAACCAAAGUCACACAGAACAUUUUGACGGUGAUCCAACAGUUCAGGGCUAUGUGGAUCUCGCUUGUCGUUUGGGCUUUCGCCUUCCGCACGAAACCGCAGAUGAUGCAGAUUGUGUUGAUGUUCAGGAGGUCCUAGUACCCUUAGUGAAAGAGACGCCCCUUACGUCAAGACUCCUCCAUGGUAUACUGUAUACGCUACUGCCCGGCCCAACUCUCAUUGUUGAUUUUUGUUCUGGUGCAUUCGAUCCAGAGGCGGUAGAGGGAAGUACCUGUACCGAUUUUGUAGCAAUCGUACGCCGAAAUGAAGACAGUUCGCCUCUGCUUGUGGUAGGGCUAGAGACGAGCAAAACGUUCUUCAUUCUUGAUAGCGAAACAUGGGACCUACCUUCUCUUGGGAUUCCGUGGCUAAUACGCCCAAAAUGGAGGACGGAAUAUACUGAUCUGGCCCGCUUGGAGACACAAUUACAAACUAGCGAGGUUUUCGUACCAAAUCUAGAGAACUUCGAGCUUGAAGCAUUACGGGAAUCACUUCUCCGGAAGCCUUCUGAGAUAAAUCGCGGACGUUGUCUACGCAUUUUGCAAUGUGUGAACGAGAUCGGAUCUCCCCAUAUUCUUGAAUCACUCAAACUGGCCUGUACCAGAAAAGACGAAUGCCAAACCUAUUCAGCAACAGAGCAACCCAUCUUCGAAAAACUAUUCCACAUCCAUAUCUACCUAGACAGGCAACAAAGCCAAAGUCAUAUUCUGGUUGCCAGAAAUCGAUAUAUUAAAUAUUGCUACUUUGAGACAUAUCUGCGUGCUGUCAAAGCGCUGCAGGAGGAGAAGCGCAAUAGUACACAAGAGAGACGAAGAGUCUCAGCUCGAAAACGGACUACUAGCUUCAAGCAGGGUAUUUCUGAGAUACUGCCCCCUACUCCACAUACUGAAGAAAUACAUCGAGUUUACGAAAAUCUGAGUCCUUCAGAAAAAAAAAGGCGGGCUCCCGAUAUGGUCAAAGAUGAGAUUUCAAAGAAAAUUGUAAAAGAAUAUGGCGGGAAUGAAAAGCGAAUUCGACGCAAUAUAAACAAAUACAUUAAGGACGGGAGAGUACUACACCAUAUUCUUCGAGGCGAGAGAUCCUUGGACCCAGCCUUGCUUAUCCUGUUUCCAAGCUUCGGAUCCGAUUUGCCUUCGUUGAGUGUGACUCAAUUUGGAUUGGAGCUUGAGGAGCUUGAGGAGAAGGCUCUUAUGGAGGCAGUUUGGUUUGGCGAGGUGUUGCAGGCUAGGCCGGAACUGCUAGAACCAGUACCGAAGGCUGUCCUUGAUCUCAUCUCGAAUACCCUGACCCACGACCUUGAUCUCCAAGGUCGUGAUCCAGAUAGCUUUCGGAAUUGUUGUCCAAACGGCGAGAUGAAGACGGAACCUGGGAGCAAUACAAUCAACCAAGAUGCAUGGCCUUGUUUAGGCGCUAUUAGUAUUGACCGCCUGAAUGUGCUUAUAUUUUGGGAAAGUUCAUGGCUUUCAACACAUGAGUACCAUGCACUUCGUCAAGAUGGAAAUCAGGGGUGGCUUGUCCACGCUCGAGGCGAAAACGAGCUACUCAUUUCCUGGGAGCCUACUAUUGAAAGGAAGUCGAUUCAAUCCUCCCCCCAAGACCUACUUCAUGAGUUUCCUAUAGAGGUCCGAAAAGAUCGACCUGGUUUGCUUGGGUAUGUCGCGGCGAAGGCUUUGCCCCCAUAUUUAAACGCGGGUAGCCGUUUCCCAGCAUUUCUAGCAUACUGGAAAGUCGCCCGAAUGACCAAGGGUCUUUUUUAUUAUCUACAGCAAAUUUAUUCCAGCCACCGGGGCUACAUUGUUCACGAAGAGUUAGACAAAGUCUGGAUACAGUGGGAACCUACGUGGGUGGUUUACGAAAACUUGAAUGAAAGUAAGAGAGAGCAGCUCUUACAAAUAUCCCACGAUCCCGAGGCUAUAUUGCAUCGCUUCCACAAGGCAAUUGUUCACUACUCCAUGCGCUCAGUGGUAGAGAGGAGAAUAAGUAAGAGAACAAUAAAUUAA